GUCCAAGGUGCGAACGUGGCGCAGGCUCGGCUUCGGGGCGCGCAGCCCCACAGGGGUAGCUGCGCAGGCCCGCGGACCGGCGGAACAGCGGACAGCUUGGCGAGGCCCCGGGCGCGUCACCGAGGCGCGGCAGCUGCGGCGGCGGCGGCAGCCUGUUCCCGCCCCGCGCGCACGCGCACGACCAACAUGAGGGUCGCGGCUCUGAUCAGUGGUGGAAAAGACAGCUGUUACAACAUGAUGCAGUGCAUUGCUGCCGGGCAUCAGAUUGUUGCCUUAGCAAAUUUAAGACCAGCUGAAAACCAAGUGGGGUCGGAUGAACUGGACAGCUACAUGUAUCAGACUGUGGGUCAUCAUGCUAUUGAUCUGUAUGCAGAAGCCAUGGCUCUUCCCCUCUAUCGCCGCACCAUACGUGGAAGCAGCGUGGACACGGGACGAGUAUACACCAAGUGUGAAGGUGAUGAGGUGGAAGAUCUCUAUGAGCUUUUGAAACUUGUUAAGGAAGAAGAAGACAUUGAAGGGGUAUCAGUAGGUGCUAUACUUUCUGACUAUCAGCGUGUUCGAGUAGAAAAUGUGUGUAAAAGGCUUAAUCUCCAGCCUUUAGCUUACCUUUGGCAGAGAAACCAGGAAGAUUUGCUUCGUGAAAUGAUAUCUUCUAACAUUCAAGCAAUCAUCAUCAAAGUAGCAGCUUUGGGUUUAGAUCCAGAUAAACAUCUUGGAAAAACGCUGGAUCAAAUGGAGCCAUAUCUCUUAGAGCUUUCUAAGAAGUAUGGAGUCCAUGUUUGUGGAGAAGGUGGAGAGUAUGAGACGUUCACUUUGGAUUGCCCUCUGUUUAAGAAGAAAAUAAUUGUGGAUUCAUCAGAAGUUGUCAUACAUUCACCUGACGCAUUUGCACCUGUGGCUUACCUACGCCUUUUAGAUUUACAUUUGGAAGACAAGGUGUCCUCAGUGCCUGACAACUACAGAACAUCCAAUUAUAUUCAUAAUUCUUGAAGAGAAUGAAUUUUGAACAUAGAACUUUCUCAAUCUCUAUAUCCAUCCACUGUUUUUCUAAUACAUUUAUUAGAAAUGUAUUAUUUAGAAUAAAAUGUAUUUAUUAGAAAUGUAUUAUUUCUAAUACAUUUAUGAUGAUGCAUCAUAAGAAUUGAUUAAUUGGGGAGGUAUGAAUUCCAUGUUCAUUCAUACUGCCAAUUUUUGCAAGACUUAUUAUUUUUUUGAUUUUGGUUGACGCAUCAUAUCCAUGAACUGUAUGUGAUAUAUGCCCUCUUCAUGUCUUGUCCUCAUUUCUGUAAUACUUCAUUUCUUCUUCUGUCUUUCCUAUUCUGAUUUCUGUCAACAUUAUGAUGCAAAUACAUUUGAAAAUAAGACUGAAAAAGCAUUCAUUUUAUUUAGCACAUUUUGUUAGACAUAUUUUUAUCUUUAUUGCCAUAAUUUACAUGUUCUCCCUUAUUUCUUUUAAAUUACAUGCUUUGAGGUGACAUUCUAUUAUGAAUUUACAGGGAAAUAGUGAAAUAUCCUUACCAGAACCCCACAUUCUAUUAUGAAUUUACAGGGAAAUAGUGAACUAUCCUUACCAGAACCCCACUACUCUGUAUCUAUACCCUAAGUUGCUACAGUUUCUAUUCCGUCCAUCUCUCAUACAUAUGCCAUUACUUUUUUAAAAAACGAUUUAUUUAUUUAUACAUACACAAACUGGAGUACAGGCCAUAGGUGCUGAGGGUUGGGGGGAUGGUGGUGAGAAACAGAGUGGGGAACAGAUUGACUGAUAUACAUGAUUAAGAGGAGCAGCAUGAGGGACAGGAGAGGUCUGCUGCGCCUUGUGGGUCACCUCCCUGGCCAGGGAUCUAAAUUGUGAAGCAGUGGCAGCAGAUAGCUUCUUAGUACUAUGCUUUACCCAGUCUUCAUAAUCCUUAAUCCUUUCCCUUGAUAAUAUUGGCCACCAUCUUUCAGAAAAGCUCUCUUACAAAGAUUUAUGUCACUAUACUUACUAUUCUACUUUUUCUUCUACUUUAAUUCAAAAUUUCUUCUAUCACCUAAGUAGCUAUUCUCUGUCUUACCUUAAACAUAAACAUUGGUCUCAGUUCUCUUUAUGGCUCCUUUCAUAUUACAAUAUUUUCAUUUUUAUGGAAAUAAAUUCUGUCUUUUUCUACAAACUUACUUUUACCUAUUCAGGUGCUUCUCAAUUUACUCCCUUUCUGGUAUUUUCACUAAUACUUACUCAUUCUCCUUAAGUCUAGAAAGUUACUUCUGAACUUAUGGGUCUUACAGAUCUGACUACUGGUAUGUUACCAAACUCAUUAGGUAAACACUGUGAACUCAUUUUUCUCUCCAUUUGUACUUUCCAUCUCACUUUGUAAUCAUCACCACUGUUUUCCCCUAGUAAUACAGGCACAGAAUAUCUCCAUCAUCUCUUAUAGCUGUCUUUCAUUUGCCACAAACAUGGAGUUGGUUAUCUAAUCCUCUAUUAUAUAAGUUUUGAUAUGUCCCUUAAAACAUUCCAUCUUCUUUCUAUCUUUCCAGUUAAAGUGUGUCUUUCCCAAACUCUUGGGUUAGAUACAACUUUAAGUAGACAUCUUGCUUUCUUAGUUACAUAUUUUAAUCCAUUGCUGUUUUGAUUCUCUUCUGCAGAAAAACUGAUAAUAGUGCCAACCAUCUUCUAAGUAAACAAAAUAUAUCGCUGUGAAUUGAAGGCCAUUUCACAGGUCACUGUUACAUCCUUUUAUGUCCAUGUUCUCAGGACUCUCAUCCAUGUAUCUUUGAUCCACUAACACAGAGCUAUUGGCUAAUCCCUUGCUGUGAGUACUUCUUCUUUCCUCUCUGGUCUUUGCUUAUUUUCAUGUUUCUUCUUUUUCUUUAAUUGUUUACAUCCUGCCUGUGAUACAAUAUUAAACUCAAAUGCUCAUACACAUACCACAUGGAAUGAUGUCCUUAACAAUUUGUUUUUUCUUUUGUUGAAAUAAGUAACUAGCUUUAUGUUGUAAAUGUUUAUUUUUACAAGGAUAUAUAUUUCUUGAGUGUUCCUUUUUUUAUACCAUCUGUACCAUCUAUGAUUUGAACUGUAAGAAGUUUUAAUUUAAUUGACUAUAUUAUUUUCAUACUUUAUUAUUUCCUUGAAGAAUUUUAUAGACAUAUGCUUCCAUUUCAAGUUGCAUACCAUUUAAUAAAAAGGCACCUGCUUGUUUAUUUUUCUUACCUUGUUGUUAGAGAAAAAUGCUGCAAGCAAACUAAAAUGUAAAAGAAAACCUUAGAAUGGAUAGUAGUGUAAAUUUUGAGUCAUUACUAAGACUUUUAAUUUAUAUAUGACCCUUAGACUUUUCUGUUGAAUAACUUAUCUACUUAAGUUUCACAUUAAAGUUAAAAUUUUAUAUUAUUAAUGUGAAUAUAAAAAUUAUAUUAACAACUAUAGUAUCCCAAACAAAUUUACUGAAUAGUGGAAAGCUCCCAGUUAAACAUGGGGAAAUAUAUUAAAACUUCUUUGGGGCUCUGACUUUAUUGCUUAUAGCAAACUUGAUGCUAAAAUGUACCAUACAUCACUAUCGUGACAGGCUUGAGAAAAUGAAAAACACAAAGCUUUACAUAAAUCAGCCAAAAGAUGAUAUUAAAAUACAUAACAUUUUACAAAAGAAUCAAGAUUUUUUACUGUUAGCUAUUCAGAAGCUCUCUCUUCCUUAUGUUGUUUUAGAUUCUACAAACUGCUUUAUAAAAAAAUAAUAUUCCACAUUAAUUUUGGGCAAAGCCCAUUACAUUUACAAAGAAUCACGGUUCAUGGAAAUUUAGCCACAAUUUAACUAAUGUACCCAACUAUCACUUAGUACUUAAUUUUUCUUUUUGUCAAAAUAUUCUCAUGGGACAAUUAUAUGUUUUAAGUAAUAUAAUAUCUCAUAUUCUUAAAAGUUGUAGCUCUCAAACAUAUCAUACAUAAUAAUUCUUAAAAGUUGUAGCUCUCAAACAUCAUACAUAAUACAAUCUUGGCUGUUUUAUUUUUCUCUGUAAUCCAAUUGAAUAUUUAUGAAUACCUAUUCUGUUCAAAAAAUUAUUAGACUUACAUGGAAUUCACUGUAAAUAUAGAAAAUUACAGUGUAAUUGUAAUUCAGACUUUAAAGUUAUAACAGGUAAUCUUUAUUCCCAUCAUGAUUAUAGUGACAAGUAUAUAGUUUGGCUAACCAGAAUUUAAUUUAUACCUGUAAUGUAUUGUUGAUAUCAAUAAUGUAUUGACAAAUAAAAAUAUUAUUGA